AUGAAGAAAGAAAACCAGUCCUGUUUGACCGAGAUUGUCCUGCUAGGUUUCUCAGAUUUCAAAAGUUUACAAAAACUUUUAUUUUGCCUGGUUCUAAUAUUCUACUUCAUGGCCUUGAUGGGAAACAGCCUGGUUUUGAUCCUCACCAUUGCCAGUCCCCACCUUCAUAACCCUAUGUAUUUCUUUGUUUUGAACUUGUCCUUUUUGGAAAUUGGCUAUACCUCGUCCAUCAGCCCAAAGAUGCUAGUGAACUUAUUAUCAGAGAAACAGACUAUAUCCUUUUGGGGCUGUGGAUUUCAAAUGUGCUUCUUUGUUCUCUUUAGUGUCACUGAGUGUUGUCUUCUUUGUGUCAUGGCGUAUGACCGCUAUGUUGCCAUUUGCAAACCCUUGCAAUACCCAUAUAUCAUGAACUACAGGGAAUGUGCUAAGCUUGCUGCUGCCUCAUGGGUCUUUGGGAUUUCAAUGGGUUUGGGACAAUCUAUUUCGAUCUUCACCCUUCCUUUCUGUGGGUCGAAUCGAGUUAGCCAUUUCUUCUGUGAUAUUAUGCCUGUUCUAAAACUGACUUCCACCAAUACCUACAAAAAUGAAGUGGCCAAUGCCACACUAACUGUGGUAUUUGUCCUGGUACCUCUUUUGCUCAUCUUCUUUUCCUACGUCCUUAUCAUCUCUACUAUUCUCAUAAUGCCAUUGGCCAAGAACAGGCGCAAAGCAUUUUCCACUUGUUCCUCACAUCUCAUUGUUGUUCUCCUGUACUAUGGAACAAUUGCUGCUACCUACAUUCAUCCCAACUCAGCAAAUUCUGGGGACAAUAACAGGUUCCUUGCCCUGCUUUACACAGUAGUGACUCCCAGCUUGAACCCCAUCAUUUACAGCUUGAGGAAUAAAGAGAUAAAAGCUGCUUUCAAGAAAUCAGUACCAAAGAAAUGGGUCUUUCUUAGGUGA